AUGGGAAGGUCUCCAUGCUGUGAGAAGGUGGGGCUGAAGAAAGGGCCAUGGACACCAGAGGAAGACCAGAAGCUUUUGGCUUACAUUGGAGAACACGGCCAUGGAAGCUGGCGAGCCUUGCCCGCAAAGGCUGGGCUCCAGAGAUGUGGGAAGAGCUGUAGAUUGAGAUGGACUAACUAUCUCAGACCAGAUAUUAAAAGAGGAAAGUUCAGCUUGCAGGAAGAACAAACCAUCAUUCAGCUCCACGCACUCCUUGGGAACAGAUGGUCGGCAAUAGCAACUCACUUGCCCAAGAGAACCGACAACGAGAUCAAGAACUACUGGAACACACAUCUGAAGAAAAGACUAACCAAGAUGGGCAUCGAUCCCGUUACCCACAAGCCCAAAAGCAAUGCCCUCAGCUCCGGCAGUGGCCACUCCAAAGAUUCAGCCAACUUAAGCCACAUGGCUCAGUGGGAGAGUGCAAGGCUUGAAGCCGAAGCCAGACUGGUAAGGGAGUCCAAGCUUGUGUCCAACCCUAUUCAACAGCAGCUCAGCUCCACUGUUCUGGCUGUUCAGAACAUCAGCACAACCCUAGCUCAACCUGUAGUACUAUCUCCAUGCCUUGACGUCCUCAAAGCAUGGCAGGGUUUUUGGUCGAAUUCAACGAGUGCAGGCAUAUUCCCAGUCGCCGGCAACGACGACCUAGAGUUCCCGACACCAACUACGUUGAACUUCUCGGAGAACGGAUUCCCCGAUAUCCAAAGUACUGUUGAGCUAAAUGAAAACCAAACACUUGAAUUCGCCAAAAGCUCAGUUACUGCAUGCGGAGUUGGGAUUAUCAAAGAAGUCUGUACUCAAAUGCCGGCACUCAAAGAAAGAUUGGAUCACACAACGGCGUUGCAGGAGAUGAGUUAUAGUACGGAAAGUGCAUGGUUUUCGGAGUCUUAUAGGGCUGUGAAUGAGAAUAUCAUGCCUCUCUCAAAUAUUAUGGAUGAUUUCAAGGGUAUCUUGGGUUGUAACUGUGACGACCAGAAUUCGUUGAUGGCCGGAGACAAACUGGAAAAUGGAGACAAAAACUGCAGCGGUGACUUUGAGGAGAGCAAUUAUAAGCAUUACUGGAACAGCGUACUCAAUUUGGUGAAUGCUUCGUCGUCUAGUGGUUCUCCCGUGUUCUGAAAAAUGCGAAAAAAAAAUCCAAAUGAAAAAAGAUUGUCGAUCCAGCCAAUUAGCUGGUGGCUGCA